AUGCCUGCCCGGCCAGUCUCCAACCUCCUGCGCUCGCGCUGCCUCCUCCGCAAGCCGCAAAACAUCCAGAGCUUCUCUACCCGUAGCAACCUUCGUGCUGCAGACCAUGGUGACCAUUACGACCCGCCGACUGGCUGGCUCUUCGGUGUCCGACCCGGCCAGAAAUACGUGAAGGAGGGCUGGGAGAACAUCUGGUACUACGGCUUCAUUGGCAGCCUUGUGGCCGGUGGCAUUGCAUACGUUUUCAAGCCUGACACUUCCAUUCAAACCUGGGCUCUCGAAGAAGCCCGCCGACGAUUGGAAGCAGAGGGUAUUCUGGAAGACCCUGACAAGGUCAAGAAAUAA